GGACAGAACCUUCUCAAAGCGGGGGUGGAGACUCUAAUUUUCCCGCCUAAAGCAUCCCCUGGGAUUGGCUACUUUAAGUUCAGAGUACGCAUGCUCUGACUUUCUCUCUCUUUCGAUUCUUCCAUACUCCGAGUACGCACGGUCUGAUUUUCUCUUUCGAUUCUUCCAAAAUCAGAGUCAGACUGCUCCCGGAGCCAUGAACGGAGACGAUGCCUUUGCAAGGAGACCCACGGUUGGUGCUCAAAUACCAGAGAAGAUGCAAAAGGCCUUUGAUGAUAUUGCCAAAUACUUCUCUAAGGAAGAGUGGGAAAAGAUGAAAGCCUCGGAGAAAAUCAUCUAUGUGUAUAUGAAGAGAAACUAUGAGGCCAUGACUAAACUAGGUUUCAAGGCCACCCUCCCACCUUUCAUGCGUAAUAAACGGGCCGAAGACUUCCAGGGGAAUGAUUCUGAUAAUGACCCUAACCGUGGGAAUCAGGUUGAACGUCCUCAGAUGACUUUCGGCAGGCUCCAGAGAAUUGUCCCGAAGAUCAUGCCCAAGAAGCCAGCAGAGGAAGGAAAUGUUUCGAAGGAAGUGCCAGAAGCCUCUGGCCCACAAAACGAUGGGAAACAGCUGUGCUCCCCGGGAAACCCAACUACCUCUGGGAAGAUUAACACGAUAUCUGGAAAUAGGGAGGCCCAAGAAAAGGAAGAGAGACGCGGAACAGCUCAUCGGUGGAGCAGUCAGAACACAUACAACAUUGGACCCAAAAGGGGGAAACAUGCCUGGACCCACAGACUGCGUGAGAGAAAGCAGCUGGUGAUUUAUGAAGAGAUCAGCGAUCCUGAGGAAGAUGACGAGUAACUCCCCUCAGGGGUAUGACACAUGCCCAUGAUGAGAAGCAGAACGUGGUGACCUUUCACGAACAUGGGCAUGGCUGCGGACCCCUCGUCAUCAGGUGUAUAGCAAGUGAAAGCAAGUGUUCACAACAGUGAAAAGUUGAGCGUCAUUUUUCUUAGUGUGCCAAGAGUUCGAUGUUAGCAUUUAUGCUGUAUUUUCUUACACUGUGUCUUUCUGUUAGAUAUUAACGUUUUCAUUGAUGAGCAAGACAUGCUUAGUGCAUAUUUCGGUUUGUGUAUCCAUGCACCUACCUCAGAAAACAAGUAUUGUCAGGUAUCUCUGCAUAGAACAGCACUACCCUCCUCUCUCCCCAGAUGUGACUACUGAGGGCAGUUCUGAGUGUUUAAUUUCAGAUUUUUUCCUCUGCAUUUACACACACACACAAACCACACCACACACACACAAACCAUACACCACACACACACACAAACACACACACACACCAAGUACCAGUAUAAGCAUCUCCCAUCUGCUUUUCUCCAUUGCCAUGCGUCCUGGUCAAGCCCCCCUCAUUCUGUUUCCUGUUCAGCAUGUACUCCCCUCAUCCAAUUCCCCUGUAUCAGUUACUGAUAGUUAAUAAACUUUUGCAA